UGGGGACGGGUGCCGCCGCACGUUGCGCGGGGCGGGCGGCGCGGGGGGGUGUGACGGGAGCGGCCGUUGGUGGCAGCGGCGCGUGCCCGAGGCUCGCGGGGCCCCUGAGGAGCGGCGCGGGGCGGCACGAGUAUUAGGAAUGGAAUAAAAUCACUGAAAGGACUGAGACCUGGGCCCAAAACCUGAUGGAAAUCUUCUUGGACAGCCAGAUGUCAUCAGAAUGGAUCAUAAGGAUUUCACCUUGAUAUGCUGAUAGCAGGGGCCUCAAUGUGUUCAAGACAUAUAUAUGAAAGGUAGAGAACUAGUGGAAGAGUUGCAACUUUUUGAAGAUACACACCUUACCAUAUCUAGACAGUAAUACAGGAAACUUCAUCCACACUUCAUCAAAAUGCAGCGGAGUCUGUUACAGUCUGCAUCUCAGCUGGCUCAUGGGACGUGUUGGUUCUUCCCUCGUACCAGUGUCUUUCAGUGCUUAAAAGGACAGUCUGCAUUGCCUAAUGUGGGAUGCAAAGUGGUUCUGGCACUGGACCCUCCUAAACGAUGUCUUCAUGGAGGUGCAGCUCACUUUGCCUCAAAGAAAACUGCUUUUUCAUCACAGCCAGCAGACACUUCUCACAAAGUACCAGAAGAGAGAAAUCCUUUGCCUUCGGCCACUGAUGCGCCCAAGCAGAGCCCUGCAGAGUCAGAUUCUUCAGAACCUGAUCCAUUGCAAGAUAAAUCAAUGAGUCUUGUUCAGAGAUUCAAGAAAACUUUUAAGCAGUAUGGGAAAGUCAUGAUUCCAGUGCACCUUGUGACUUCCUCUGUAUGGUUUGGAUCCUUUUACUAUGCAGCCAUGAAUGGGGUGAAUGUUGUUCCAUUCCUAGAGUUGAUUGGCUUACCAGACAGCGUAGUAGACAUCCUGAAAAAUUCCCAGAGUGGAAAUGCACUAACUGCAUAUGCAUUGUAUAAAAUUGCAACUCCUGCCAGAUACACUGUGACUUUGGGAGGAACAUCUGUCACUGUUAAAUACCUGCGUAAGCAUGGCUACAUGUCCACACCACCACCAGUAAAGGAAUACCUACAAGAUAGGAUGGAGGAAACAAAGGAUAAAAUUACAGAGAAGAUGGAGGAAACAAAGGAUAAAAUUACGGAGAAGAUGGAGGAAACAAAGGAUAAAAUUACGGAGAAGAUGGAGGAAACAAAGGAUAAAAUUACAGGGAAAAUACAAGAAACCAAAGAUAAAGUUUCAUUUAAAAAAAUAAAGGAGUAGGAGAGAUGCUUAAUUUUUGGAUAUAUCAAACUUAGCACUUUAACCCUUUGUGAGGCAGGAUAUGCAAAGUGCACUUCUGAGCUUUUUUUUUUUUUUCUUUUAUAUUUUUUACCCUUUGUCUGAAGACGACAAUGCUACGUGGAUUUAAAGGUUAAAAUUCCUUGGGGAAGAGGUUGUGACCUGAAAGUUUCAAUUUUCAGAAGGAAAAGUGAAUCUCAGAUUAGAAGUUAACAUGUCCUUUGGUAAUAAUGUUAAGAAUUACACUUCCCUCUUUUUUUCCCACACCCUCCUCCUCAAAAUGAAAGCAAUUUCUGCCAAGAGCCACUACUCUGUUCUUCUCCCAUCACAGUGCACAGCCAUGGUUCCACUAAACUGAGUCUUCCAUUAAAUAAGAAUGAAGAUUUCUCUGUUGGGAAGAGCAGCAUGUUUAGCUUUUUAGAGUAUGUGGACCCAAGUGUCUUCAGUCGUGAUCAUCUCUCAAUUUGGAGCAGACCAUUGUCACUGAUACUGCACAUGAAGGAACUGAUGGAUCAGCUGCUCAGCAGGAAUUCAUUACAAUGGCUUCCUUGGCUUCAGCCAGGCUGCUGUGGUUUACAGGCUGAGACUAUGAAUCUUUCUUGAACAGUGCAUCUCUUCAGAAAUCUCAACUGAAAGCUAUAGGAAGAUGAGUUAAUCACAGUAGCCAUACUGUCAAGUACCCUUGGUUUCCUGAAGUUGAUUUACAGUACAAAGUCAUUAAAAUUAAUAAUUGUAUAUUAAACACUAGGAUUUGUUCAUUGUGUUAAAGUUUACAAACCUACUCUACUUCAUUUUUGAAACAAAAAAAAAUUUGAAAAAUAAGUUUAUUUGAGAAAUUGCUAUACUAAGGGGCUUUUUAAACACAUGGAAAGUUAGAGUUAAGGCCUAAAAUUCCUCCUCCUCCCUCAGUAAAACAAUUUGACUAAAAUAAGCAUGAUUUCUGAGACAGUGAUCACAGUCUACCAAACUUUUUUUCCCCUGGAUUAAGUCAAGCAAACACUUAUUCAUACCUGAAGGCUGAAAGGUCUCAGAUGUCAUAAAGGACUAAAGUUGAAACUGUUCUAUGUGGCUGGGCAGGCAAACUUCUCCAAGGUUUAUUCAAAUGUAGGCUGAAUUGAAGUGUGUUUUUCCUAUUUCUACUACAGAUCUCACUUUUAGCAACUCAGCAUGUGUAAGGUAUUUAAAAAAGGUACUUUUUUCAGAGGGAUAUGGGGAAGCAAUAGAGUUGGACCCUGAGCACUGCAAUUGACAGAAGUGAAAAAAUAUAGCUGAUGAAGUAUCAGCUCUGCCCCACUGUCCCAUUCUCAUUCAAGUCACUGAGGGCUUCUCCAUGUUUAACUGAGUUGAACUUCAUUAACUUAAUUGUGCAGGAUUGAUUACAUACUUCCCUGCCUCUGCCCACAUGUAAAAUAGUAACUGCAAUCUAAUGCCUACCUCACAGGGAUGUUGUGAGGAAUAAUCAUUGUAUAUUCAGUGACCUGAAGAAGUAAAGUGCCAUGUUUCUGAUAAAAAUUAUUAAAAAAUAUUUCUGUGAACUCUUA